CGUAUUGCAAUUAAAUAGAUGUAAAAUGAAAUUAGACUUUGCUUUCCACUUGGGUUAAUUUCAGUCCGUAUGCAAAAACAACUCCUCAGAUUUUUCUCUUUCCACUUAUUCUGUAUUUUAUUAUUCUAAUUAUAUUAUUAUUCAAUUUUUGUCGGCCGUUUUCUGGUAUUUUGUUCUACAGUAGUCGGUUGGUUCUGGUCAUCUAUUCAGCCAAUUAAUAUAAAAUGGGGCACAGAAAAUUUGGCACAACCAAAGCUAUUAAAGCUAGUCACACUGAAAAGCCUAACAGGAAACUGGUUCCAACGUCCAAGUCCAUUUCCAAAAAGAAGAUUGAAGAUAGGCUGCAAUUUAGCAGCAAACGAAAGACUAAUGAAUGGACUAGGAACAAAGUCACGGAAAUCGACUCUACUUUUCAAGUCCUACUUAAGGACCCUGAAGUAUUCAGUAACAAGCAAGCAAAUUUAGUAAACCUUGAACGACUGCAACCGUCAAUGGGAACAAUUGAAGAUUUUGAGAUGGUGCUGGCAAUCACUUGUGAAAAAAUCAAUAAGACGUCUGUAGCAGAUUGAUGUUUAUAAUUUAAUUUUAAUUUAAGCAUCUCAGUUCAGAGCUGUCAUAGUAUUUCAUAUUCAGAUAUGUACUAACGGCUAUAUUCUUAUUUUCUACUAUGUAUUUAGGUUUUCAUACCGUAAGAUAAUUAAUAAAGUAAUCGAAUCCGUAUAUUGGCGGAAUUAUAAAA